GAGGAAGGGAAGGGAGGGAAAGGAAAGAAAGUGAAAGAGAAAGAGAAGGAAGGGAAGGGAAGGAGUAAAGAAAGAGAAGUAGGGGAGGGAGGGAAAGGAAGGAGAAAGGAAAGAGAAGGGAAGAAAAGGAAGGGGGAGGAAAGGAAAGGGAAAAGAAAAAGGAGGAAUGGAAUGGAAGAAGGGAAGGGAGGGAAGGAGAAAAGAAAGAAGGAGGGAAGGGAAAGGAAGGAAAGGAAAGGAGGAGAAAGGAAAGGAGCUAGUAAGCGGUGCCGAGGAUGCCUGCGUUUUGAAGAGAAAGAGAUUGAGAGAAGGAGGAGAAAACAGGGAAGGAAAAGAAAGGGAGGAGGGGAGGGGAGGAUGGUGCCCCUCCCUCCCUCCCUGUUCGGGAAAGGAGGGAGAGAGAGAGAGAGAGAGAGGAGGGCGCGGCCAAGGAAGGAAGGAGGGAAGGAAGGAGCGAGAGGAGGAGGAGGAGAAAGAGAAAGAGAAAGAGAGAGGACGCGGGCGCAUCGCGGCUCCGCUCCCGCGCAGUUUGCCGGGCAAAGAAGAGCCAGAAGAAGAGGAGGAGGAGGAAGGAGGGGAGGGGAGAGACCCUUCCCUCGCCCCCCCCCCUCAAAGGAGAAGGAAAGGGACCCCGAGGAAGAGGAGGAGGAGGGAGAUGCGCGGCUCCUGAGCGCCCCGGAGGCUCGCCUGCCUUGCCUCGCCUUCCCCGGGGAUCAUGCGGGAAAGAGAACGAGAACGAGGAGGAGGAAGAAGAGGCCCAGGUUGCAUGGGAAAGCAAAGCCCGCGGAGACGAUGACUGCAACUUUGGAGCCUUUGGAGCAAGGCAGCCUCCCUUCUUCUGGCGAGUCCCACCUGGAUUGAUUUCUGGAUGUCAAGGAUGAAGCUGACCUGCAUGUUCUCCUUCAUCCUGCUGUUCGGAGCAGCUGGCCUCGUGGUCUUCAUCCAUCUGCAAGACCCAGAAGAAAUCAUCCACCAGCAAACACCAGGAAUGAGAUAUCACGUGGAGUCUCAGCCGCCCAAAAAAGACUGCUCACCCGGCCGCUAUCGGGAGGGGAAGGCGCACGCCAAGGCGGAUGACGGAUUCCCGGCCGGGCCGCCGAGGCCUUCGUUGCCGACCAUGCAGCAGCAGCGCCGACUUCAGAAGCAUCCGAACCCGGUUGUGGCGAAAGGCCUUCCGAGGAAAGGCUGGGGACAUCGUUUCCCUCGGAUGCACAAACGCCGGCGGAGAUUCGUCCUCAAGAAGAGCCCCGUCCGGCUGGCGGUCAACGAGACCGUGCUGAAGACGGAGGAGGCCGAGGAUGACGUCCGGUGGAAGAACCUCUACCAGACGCAACGGGAGCGCAAGCGGAUCAUGAAGGACACCUGCUCCAAGUACAAGAGCAACAGCAAGCGCAUCGUGACGCCCUACCACGUCUCCCGCAUCUUCGUGGAGGACAAGUACCGGGUGCUGUACUGCGAGGUGCCCAAGGCCGGCUGCUCCAACUGGAAGCGGGUCUUGAUGGUCCUCAACGGCUUGGCCUCCUCCACCAGCGCCAUCCAGCACAACACCGUCCAUUACGGGAACUACCUGAAGCGCUUGGACGGCUUCGACCGCAAGGGCAUCAACCACCGGCUGAGCACGUACACCAAGAUGCUCUUCGUCCGCGAACCCUUCGAGAAGCUGGUCUCGGCCUUCCGGGACAAGUUCGAGCACCCCAACAACUACUACCACCCCGUCUUUGGCCGGCCCAUCGUGUCCAAGUACCGGGCCAACGCCACCAAGGAGGCCCUUCGGACGGGUUCCGGGGUCACCUUCCCCGAGUUCAUCCAGUACCUGCUGGACGUGCACCGGCCGGUGGGGAUGGACAUCCACUGGGAGCACGUCAACCGCCUCUGCAGCCCGUGCGUCAUCGACUACGACUUCAUCGGGAGGUUUGAAACCAUGGAGGAGGACGCCAACUUCUUCCUGCAUUUGGUCAAAGCCCCCCAGAACUUGACUUUCCCGCGGUUUAAGGACCGGCACUCCGACGAGGAGCGGACCACCACGCAGAUCACGAGACAGUAUUUCCAGCAACUCUCCCCGUCUCAGCGGCAGCGUAGUUACGAUUUCUACUAUAUGGAUUAUCUCAUGUUUAAUUACUCCAAGCCCUUUGAAGACUUGUAUUGACACUCAGUGAGUGCGGGGCCACCGGUGCAAGAUCCUGGUGGAGCCGCUCCUAUGCAGUGUGUAUACUGCCGUUGCAAAUAAGAUCGCAGCGUCCGUAUAUCAUGGGUAUACGCCAUUUGCUGUCUCUUUCUUCCCAAAGGCAGUGGGGGGAAUGGCAUUUGGAAAGAUGGGAAAUUGCAGUGUUGUUGUCAUCCAACUACAAUUCCCAAAGUUUGGAGUGGGCAGCCAUGGUGGGUUGUGGGGCUGGUUUUCAGCCUUUAACUAACCCUUGUGAUGCCCCAUAGACUGUUGGAAAUGUCAAUAUGUUGAAAUGUCCAGAAGUCACUUUGAGAUGUUCAACAGUUGGAGGGAACACCCUGCGAUCUAUUUUCUUGGAAGGCGAAUGGGUCCGAGGCCGCCAAAAAUAGAUUUGGGGGCAACAGACCCAACCUCAAACGCAUAUAGACUUGCAAUGUCUGAGUUAAGCUCCACAUUCAGGACAAUUACUGGCACAACUUGGGAAGCACAUUUGAUCCUCACGUUUUCUAAAGGCAGCGAGUGAAUCCCAGCCUUGUGGUAGAAUCAGAGCAGGUCCAAGGUAAUUUUCAAGUGUAGGCGAACGGAAAUUUUGGUGUCCCCCCUCCCCCCCCCCAAAAAAACCAGUCACUGAAAAAUAAAAGUGUUGGAUAAGGGAAAAUCUUGGAUAAUAAGGAGGGAUUAAGGAAAAACCUAAAUAAAGAGCAACACUCUGAAAACUCUGAUUUAAGUUAUGUGAUGAAGUGGAUACUAGAUUUGCAAUGUCUGAAUUAAGUUCCACAUUUGGGACAAUUUCUGGCACAAUCUGGGAAGCACAUCCAAUCCUCACGUUUUCCAAAGGCAGCAAGUGAAUCCCAGCCUUGCGGCACAAUCCAUUCCAUUUUUUAAAAGAUCAGUUCGAAACAUCAUAGACAAUCAAAUUACUCUUAGAACUGCAAAGUUGGUACAAUAAAUGUGUGAAUUGUCCAUGCCUUUAAAUGAAAUAUCCCAGGCGACAAAACAGAACAGGAUGUACAAUUAGGAUCCAUGCAACAUGUUUGUUGUCUCCAGCAAAUGACCAUUCCUGGUGCCCUGUGACCUCGACAUUUGCAGCAUUUAGACUUCCGAAGGCAGGGCUCCCAAUAAAGCACACGGUUUCUUUUGUUUUCUUAUA